UAGUGUAGCUCACUCAGACGACCUAUUUGGGUGGCUUGUGUCAUUGCUCGUGAUCUGCCUGGUCGCGCUAUUCAGUUGGGAGUGUUGUGUAGGAGUGUCAUGUGGUUUAAGUUGUUUCAGUGUUGUGAACGUGACUACUAGCACACUUCCUGUCCCUUCAAAAUGGGAGCUCAUGUGUCGAGAACUGAUUUCGAAUGGUCGUAUACAGAAGAGCCACAUGCUAGUCGACGAAAAGAAAUUUUAGAAAAAUAUCCUCAAAUUAAGAAACUUUUUGGAUAUGACCCAUACUUCAAAUGGGUAGCCUCAGGAAUGGUGCUUAUUCAGUUUUUCAUGAUGUAUGUGAUGAUAGAUCAGUCAUGGCCUAUGAUAUACCUGGUUGCAUAUUGUUUUGGUGGAGUCAUCAACCAUUCCCUGAUGUUAGCAAUUCAUGAGAUAUCACAUAAUUUGGCAUUUGGUUGUGCAAGACCCUUGGCUAACAAAAUGCUUGGUAUCUUUGUUAAUCUUCCGAUUGGAAUUCCAUUUUCCAUCAGUUUUAAAAAGUACCACUUGGAGCACCACAGGUACCAGGGUGAUGAGAAAAUGGAUACAGAUAUUCCAACUUAUCUUGAAGCGAAGUUGUUUUGUAACACAUUUGGAAAACUUUGCUGGGUGAUACUGCAGCCAUUUUUCUAUGCGUUACGGCCUGUAAUCACAUACCCAAAGAGUCCCACAAAAUUUGAAAUUGUCAAUGUUAUUGUCCAGCUUGCAUUUGACAUUCUAGUCUAUUACUUGUGUGGUGGUAAGGUUAUAGUCUACAUGAUAGCAGGGUCUCUUCUUGCUAUGGGUCUUCAUCCUGUGGCAGGCCACUUCAUCUCUGAACACUAUAUGUUCUGCAAAGGCUAUGAGACAUACUCAUACUAUGGUUGGCUUAACUGGAUAACAUUUAAUGUCGGUUACCACAAUGAACAUCAUGAUUUUCCAGCUGUACCAGGUUCAAAGCUACCAGAGGUAAAACGAAUAGCUGCAGAAUAUUACAACAAUUUACCUCAGCAUGACUCAUGGGUUAGUGUUUUGUAUGACUUUGUGAUGGACCCAGACAUUGGACCCUAUGCACGUAUCAAGAGAAAAAAUCGUGGACUAAAGUCAUAAGUAAAAUUGAAGAAUAACUCAGUUACCCCUCCAUAAAUUUGUGAUGGAUCUGAAUAUUGGUAUUACUUAUAACGUAAUUUUUUCACAUAUUACUCCAGUGAUUUGUGAAUGGUUUUGAUCAUUUUUUUCUAGUAUACUGAUGAUGUGAUACAUAUUCCAUAAACAUAUUAGCAUUGAAUUGAAGAAAGAUCUGUUAUGGAAAAUAAUAGGUAAACUUUGUUUAAAAACUUAUGCUUUUGUUAUGUAAGUAUAACAUUCUGAAAGUAAUCUUGUUUUAGCCAAAAGUAUAAGAAGUAUCAUGAACAUGUGUCUUGCCUUUUGGUCCUCAGAUAUUUUAAGUUACAUAGAAAUUGAUUAUAGAAUGAAUUCACCAGUUUUUAAAAGAAAUUCUGAAGAUUUAUGGGCUUUAAUUUUGUCAGCUACUGAACCUACUAUUUUGAUAUUUUUUGCUGGUGUUAUUAGCAGUGGUUCACAGCCUUUUUAGUGCAGUGUCACUCUAAAAUUUGCUAAAACAUGUAUGAACACUGUUCAGUGUUAGGGAUUAUCUGCAAUGAAAUAUAAUGGAAGAGAGUAUGGUAAUGAAAUUCCAUAGAUGAGCCCUCCUAUGAGGAUUACUGUUGAAUUGCCUUUAAUUAGGAAGUAUUUGAAGUCCAGUAGUGCUGCAGUUUGCCAUGCAUGUGAACAAAGUAAUUAAUACAGAUAUUGAUGCACUUUACUGAGAUACAAAAUCUGAUUUGGCUUAUGGUAAUAUGUCAUUUCUGUAUCUAGAAGGCAGUUUCCCCUCCUCUGUUAAAGAAUUGGUGGAGUAUCUGGAAUCCUGUUAAACACUUUUAUUGUACCAUUUCUCAACCCAUUAUGUUAUCAUGUGUGCCCUCAGGUGAUAUUAAAAUAUGUUAUGGAAAGAAGGAAAUUAUAAUAAUGUAUCUAUCUUCAACACAUUUGUAUGAGACAUUUAUUUCUGUAUUAUAAUUAAACAUUGCAUUUUUA